AUGCAAGGUGUUUCUCCACGCAAUUCAGACUUCCUAGCCCAAAUGACGCCGCGCCAACCACAGGUACUUCAGGCAAGUGGACACGAACUUGCAACCUGGGAGAAAUGUGUCGAGAUUGGACGCGUAGUGUCCUAUAUCAUAGGCUCAGUGCUUUUCUUAAUAGGCUCCAUCUACUUUUACCCGCAGUACACAGACUUGUGGAUUGGGAAUGCCGGUGAAUUCGCGAGUUGGGCCUUCGUUCUCGGUUGCAUCAUGUAUUUCCUGGGUGCCAACCUCGACUUUAUCCAGACUAUCCGACACAACCACGGCACGCAGUUGCGUCAAGUCCUACGUGCGUUUAACGUGCUAUUCAUUUACAUGGCCUCGUGCAUCUUCAUCCUCGGCGCGCUAUACUUCUUACCCACAUGGUAUCCCAUGGCGCCUGAGCUUGGCUGCUGGUCAUUUUUCAUCGGUUGCAUUCUCUACUGCAUCACUGCGAUCGCCGAAAUUAUCUUUGUCUGCACGACACACGAGGAUCCACGUGUCACUGGCUUUCGAAUCAAGAACAUUGUCUGUUGGACCUCUGUCAUGGCAGUAGCUGCAUUCCUUGGUGCCCUAUUUUUCAUUCUUGGUAGCUGGUACUACCUGCCUCGAUAUAUCAAUCGUGUCGACAAUGGUACGUACUAUAUGAACAAGGCUAUUACGUUCUAUGUUAUUGGAAGCGUUUUCUUUGUAAUUAGCGCCUUUGCAAUGAUCCCAGAUGUCCUUCGUGCGGUUAAAGUGACCACACGAAAACAUCAUAUAGACAGCAAGGUAUAG